AUGGGAACCUGUUCAAGCUCAGCAAAGUAGAAUGGCAAAAACAUUAAACCAAAACCAAUCUAAAAUGAACUUGAUACUAACCUGAAUUCUGGUUAAAAGCAACCAGCGUCAUAGAAAUAGAUGGAGAUUGAAGAAUGUCCAAAAUAGUCUCAAUAGGAGGCUCACGAAGAAGUGGAAAAAAAAGAAAUUAAAAGUGAUAUUUAGAAUGUGAUCACAGAUGAGGAAGCAAUAAAAUAAUUUCUCUUAGGUGAAGAGUUAUCUGAUGUUUCUAUGCAGAUGGAAAACGAUUUGAGUACCUAAAUACAACAAAAAAUAAGUUUUAAGGAUAAGAGAUAAAUAGUCUCUGUAAUAAAAGCUCUUUUUUUAUGGUUGAGUAUGAAUUGAUUUGACAUUAUUAGUUUAAAGAAUUUAGAAGAACCAAUUUAUCAGUUAGACAAGAAAUACCCAAGCGAGAUUCUCAACAAUUUCUAGCAGUUUUUAUAGCUAUCUUUGUAGGAUCUUUUUGAAUACAAUAUAAAUCUAGUGAAAAAUGAAUAGAUUUUCUAAGAGGGUAUUGAAUUGUGUUGUCGAACUUAUCAUAUAUUAUAAAAUUUAGGGAAAAAAUCAAAAAUUUAAAAAAUUUACACCUAAGUAAUUUAAGAUGAGGAAAUGAUUAUAAGUGAAGAAUUAAAAAAAUAAUACUUAAAAGUUCAAAGUGAAAUAAAACUGGAAAUUAUACGAACAUUUUAAAAUAAGAAUGAAGCUGCUAAAUCUCAAUAAUAAUAAAAUAAUCCUUUAGUUUUGAUGAAGUUUAAUACUAAACAUGCUAUUACUUUAGCCAAAUAAUAGACAUUAAAAUAAUAAGCAGGAGAUGAUGAGGAAAGCUAAUUGCUUUAAUCACUUUAAGAGGCUCUAGACUAUGAUGUUUAGAAUAGCAAAUAUGAUACGAGUAAUAUGAAACCAAAAAAGAAGUAAAAUUGA